GAUCUGAUGGAGGCUGACUGGGAAAAGGGGCGGAGCUAAUAGGUGUGUUGAACCAUAAAUCAGACCAGCACUAGUGCCAGGAAUCACGACGGACUGAAUGACAGACGCUGUGAUCAGAGACUGAAGGUUGAAGGUCAUCUUGUUGGAUUAUUUUUUUGUUUGUGUCCUUCCAUCCUUGGAUUGGUCAUUAGGUUUCCUCCUGCAGCUCUGAGGACAUGAAACCAGCUCAUCUGUUUCCUCCCAUUCUUUACCUGCUGUUUCGUACAGGAUGGUCGUCAGGUUAUUUAUGGACACUGAUGGAGCAAACAGUCAACCCUGUGAGCGCGCACACUGGUCCUGAUGCUGGUUCUCGAGGGCGCGCAUUACGUCACCUCUCCUCCUCCAGAUUUGCUGCGUGGGUCACCUCGCUGCCCGAUUCCUCUGCAGCUGCCACGGCCUUCAUCAUCACCACCACCAUCAUCAUCAUCAUCAUUCUUCCUGUGCUUUUUAGCGGAAGCUGCCUGCGUGUGUUGCGCGUGCCGUCCACCGGAGGAUGGCGGAGAGCGAGGCAGACACGCCGAGCACCCCGGUGGAGUUUGAGAGCAGAUACUUUGAGUUUGAUGGAGUCAGGCUGCCGCCCUUCUGCAGAGGGAAGAUGGAGGAGAUCUCCAACUUCUCCCUGAGGAGCAGCGACAUCUGGAUCGUCACCUACCCGAAGUCAGGGACCAGUCUACUGCAGGAGGUUGUGUUUCUAGUGAGCCAGGGAGCAGAUCCUGAUGAGAUCGGCCUUCUGAACAUCGAUGAACAGCUACCGGUCAUAGAAUACCCCCAACCCGGGCUGGACGUCAUCCAGGAGCUGACGUCCCCCCGCCUGGUCAAAAGCCACCUUCCUUACCGAUUCCUGCCUGCAGCCAUGCACAGCGGAGAGGCCAAGGUUAUCUACAUGGCCAGGAACCCUAAAGACCUGGUGGUGUCCUACUACCAGUUCCACCGCUCUCUGAGAACCAUGAGCUACCGGGGAACCUUCCAGGAGUUCUGUCGCCGCUUCAUGAACGAUAAACUGGCGUAUGGCUCCUGGUUUGAACAUGUUCAGGAGUUCUGGGAGCAUCGGAUGGAUUCCAACGUCCUCUUCUUGAAAUAUGAGGAGAUGUUCAAGGACCUGGGGACGAUGGUGGAGCAGCUGGCCCGCUUCCUGGGGGUGUCCUGUGACAAAGCUCAGCUGGAGGUUCUGGUGGAGAACUGCAACCAGCUGAUCGAGCAAUGUUGCAAGUCUGAGGCGCUGUCUAUCUCUAGUUUGAGUUGAUCUGCUGUCUGAGCUGAUCUGUGUCAAACCGUCACAGCAGGUCGCGUGGGUGUGUGGAGGGACGUCUUCACUGUGUCCAUGAACGAAACCUUUGAUGCUUAUUACAGACAGAAGAUGGCGAAAUCCGACCUCAGCUUUGACUUUUGCCUGUGACCCCCCCCCCACUGACCCCCAUCUCAAAGACAUUAAUGCUUCUCCUCCAUCAGCUCAGCCUGACAGCAGGAGGACCUUUAGAAAAAGUUUCCCAUGAUGCACUCUGUUCCCUUCCAGCCUGAUUGAUCCGCUGUUCCCUCUGCAUGGCGGCCGCCGUAGGCUCGUCCCA